AUGAAGGAGAGGGAGAAAAAGGUAGGCCUGGUUGCAACCUCCGCAUCAAGCGGUAUGGCGUCUGGGGGGGUUGUGAAUGAGGAACCUGAGGAGGAUAAUUGGAGAGCUGGGGAAGCGGAGGGUGAGGAGGAGAGUGAGGAGGAAAUUGAGGAGGGAAGUGAGGAGGGAAGUGAGGAGGAAAAUGAGAAGGAGAGUGAGGAGGAAAUUGAUGAGGAGAAUGAGGAGGUGGAAGGGGAGGAAGAGGAGGAAAAUGGCGAGGAAACCGAGGAAGAAACCGAGAAAAAUGUGGAGGAGAAGAAAGUUGAGAGGGAGCGUGAGGAGGAAAAUGAGGAGGACAGCGAGGAGGAGGGGGGGGAAGAGGGGGAAAGUGAGGAAGAAAAUGAAGAGAAGAGAAAUGAGAAGGAGCGUGAGGAGGAAAUUGAUGAGGAGAAUGAGGAGGUUAGAGAGGAGAUGGAGAGGGAAGAGGAGGAAAGUGACGAGGAAACUGAGGAAACUGAGGAGGAGAAUGUGGAGGAGAAGAAAAUUGAAGAGGAGAAAACUGAGGGAAGAAUUGAGAAGGAUGAGGUGAACGAGGAGGAGGAGGGAGAGGAGGAAGGGGAGGAGGGAGAGGAGGAGGAGAAGGAAGAGGAGGAGGAAGGGGAGGAGGGGGAAGCGGGGGAGGAGGGAGAGGAGGAAGAGGAGGAGGAGGAGGGGAAGGGAGAGGAGAUGAAGGAGAGGGAGAAAAAGGUAGGCCUGGUUGCAACCUCCGCAUCAAGCGGUAUGGCGUCUGGGGGGGUUGUGAAUGAGGAACCUGAGGAGGAUAAUUGGAGAGCUGGGGAAGCGGAGGGUGAGGAGGAGAGUGAGGAGGAAAUUGAGGAGGGAAGUGAGGAGGGAAGUGAGGAGGAAAAUGAGAAGGAGAGUGAGGAGGAAAUUGAUGAGGAGAAUGAGGAGGUGGAAGGGGAGGAAGAGGAGGAAAAUGGCGAGGAAACCGAGGAAGAAACCGAGAAAAAUGUGGAGGAGAAGAAAGUUGAGAGGGAGCGUGAGGAGGAAAAUGAGGAGGACAGCGAGGAGGAGGGGGGGGAAGAGGGGGAAAGUGAGGAAGAAAAUGAAGAGAAGAGAAAUGAGAAGGAGCGUGAGGAGGAAAUUGAUGAGGAGAAUGAGGAGGUUAGAGAGGAGAUGGAGAGGGAAGAGGAGGAAAGUGACGAGGAAACUGAGGAAACUGAGGAGGAGAAUGUGGAGGAGAAGAAAAUUGAAGAGGAGAAAACUGAGGGAAGAAUUGAGAAGGAUGAGGUGAACGAGGAGGAGGAGGGAGAGGAGGAAGGGGAGGAGGGAGAGGAGGAGGAGAAGGAAGAGGAGGAGGAAGGGGAGGAGGGGGAAGCGGGGGAGGAGGGAGAGGAGGAAGAGGAGGAGGUGGGGAGGAGGAGGAGGAAGAGGAGGAGGAGGGGAGGAGGAGGAGGAGGAGGAGGAGGAGGAGGAGGAGGAGGAGGAGGAGGAGGAGGAGGAGGAGGAGGAGGAGGAGGAGGAGGGAGUGGAAGGAGGGCAAAUCGCAAGUGGAAGAAACUCCAGCCCCCCCCUUCCAAUGUGCAGAGCUCUCGGACCCUCCUCGCCCUUCGCGCUGCAGCACAGCAGGCACGGGGGGAGAAGGUGCAGAAAAGAGGGGGGCCGGCGCAUGGGCGAGACGGACGGUUCCAAUCUUCUUCAGCGUCCAGAAAGGCUGCUUCUGCUGCAGGAGGUGCAGGUACUGAUGAGGCCACUGAAGGUGCUGAAGGUGCUGGUGGUGGUGAUGGGCUAGCGGAUGGGAGAGGCAAGAGUGGUGGGGCAAAGAUUGCUCGUCGCUCUGACCGUCCGUCUGCUGCUGCAGCUGGUGGUGGUGGUGCUGGUGCUGUUGGUGAUACGGCCACUGCUUCUCCCAGUCGCUUGAAACUGCAGCAGCAGGAGCAACAACAGCCGGAGGGGGAGCAGACGGGCGGCGCGGCCGGAGCGCUGCCCGCACGCUGGGGUUCCGGGGUGGCUGCAUUCGGCUGCCAGCGGUUGCACCGGCAGAUGCUGAGGCGGCUUCUAAGGAGGAUGAUGUUCCGAGGGGAGGUGGAGCAGGCAGCAGGCGUGCUGGCAGCUCUGAUGGACGCGGACAAGGACGCUGAAGCCACUAGGAGAGCCGUGGAUGAGCCCAUUUGGCUGGAAUCACAGGUGGAGAAAGCAGCAGGGGUGCUGGCGGCUCUGAUGGACGCGGAUAAGGACGCUGAGGCGACUAGACGGGCUGUUGAUGAGCCUAUAUGGUUGGAGUCGCAGGAGGUGGAGCAGGCAGCAGGGGUGCUGGCGGCCCUAAUGGACGCGGAUAAGGACGCUGAAGCUACCAGGCGAGCUGUUGACGAACCCAUUUGGCUGGAGUCCCAGGUGAGGAGUGAGAAUUCCCUUGCACUGAUUAGAGGAAGGCACGAGGUGGAGCAGGCAGCAGGCGUGCUGGCGGCUCUCAUGGGCGCGGAUAAGGAUGCUGAGGUGACCAGGAGGGCUGUUGACGAGCCUAUAUGGCUGGAGUCCCCGGUGAGGUGCGACCCAGGCAGGAGCGGUGGUUUGUGA